CGCGCCUCCACAGGGGAAGAUGGCGGCGGCGGCCCCGGCGCCCACGGCUUCGGCCGCGGCCGUCCCUACCGAGUGGAUCAAGAACUGGGAGAAAUCAGGGAAAAGCGAAUUUCUGCAAUUAUGCCGCACUCUAAGUGAGAAUAAAAGCCAUGAAAAUAUGACUUUUGGAGAAAUCCAGCAGGCUCUCUAUGAACUUGCAUAUCAUGUCAUCAAAGGAAAUCUAAAGCAUGAUCAAGCUUCUAAUGUCCUGAAUGACAUUAUUGAAUUUCGUGAUGACAUGCCCUCCAUUUUAGCUGAUGUAUUCUGCAUAUUAGAUAUAGAAACGAGUUGUUUAGAAGAAAAAAGCAAGAGAGAUCAGUUCACACAGUUGGUGUUAGCGUGUUUGUACUUAGUUUCAGACACAGUUCUAAAGGAGCGACUGGAUCCAGAAACAUUGGAAUCAUUAGGGCUUAUCAAGCAAUCGCAGCAGUUCAAUCAAAAAUCUGUAAAAAUCAAGACAAAACUUUUUUAUAAGCAGCAGAAAUUCAAUUUGUUAAGGGAAGAGAAUGAAGGUUAUGCAAAGCUGAUUGCUGAACUGGGGCAAGAUUUAUCUGGAAAUGUUACUAGUGAUUUAAUCUUAGAAAAUAUAAAAUCAUUAAUAGGAUGCUUUAAUCUGGACCCCAACAGAGUUUUGGAUGUCAUUUUAGAGGUCUAUGAAUGCAGGCCAGAAUAUGAUGAAUUCUUUGUACCUUUAAUAGAGUCCUACAUGUAUAUGUGUGAACCUCAAACACUGUGUCAUAUUCUUGGGUUCAAAUUUAAGUUUUACCAGGAACCAAAUGGAGAGACCCCAUCAUCUUUGUACAGAGUUGCUGCUGUACUCCUACAACAUCAUCUUAUAGAUUUAGAAGAUCUUUAUGUACAUCUUCUUCCAGUGGAUAAUGCCAUUCUUGAAGAACACAAACGAGAGAUUGUAGAAGCUAAACAAAUUGUUCGGAAACUUACCAUGGUUGUACUGUCUUCUGAAAAGACUGAAGAGAAAGACAAAGACAAAGAGAAAGAAGAGGAGAAGACAGAAAAGCCACCUGAUAACCAGAAACUUGGUUUACUGGAAGCUCUGCUUAAGAUUGGUGAUUGGCACCAUGCCCAGAGCAUUAUGGAUCAGAUGCCUCCAUUUUAUGCCACUUCACACAAGCCAAUAGCUAUUGCUCUCUGCCAGCUUAUACAUGUAACUGUUGAACCUCUCUACCGAAGAGUUGGAGUACCAAAGGGUGCUAAAGGAUCACCAAUAGCAUCUUUACAAAACAAAAGAGCACCAAAGCAAGCAGAGAAUUUUGAAGAUUUGAGGAAAGAAGUGUUCAAUAUGCUUUGUCACCUUGGCCCUCACCUGUCUCAUGAUCCCAUUUUAUUUGCAAAAGUCGUGCGCUUGGGGAAAGCAUUUAUGAAAGAGGUUGGAUCGGCGAAGAAACAUGUCAGCGAUGACAGAAUGGUUCAGUUUCAGUCUGAUGGGAGUAAGCAAGAAGAUAAAGAGAAAAUGGAAAUUUUGUUUAGUUGUUUGCUUAGUAUUACUGACCAGGUGCUACUUCCAUCUCUUACUUUGAUGGACUGCAAUGCUUGUAUGUCUGAGGAACUCUGGGGGAUGUUUAAGACAUUUCCAUAUCAGUAUAGGUAUCGUCUAUAUGGCCAGUGGAAAAAUGAAACCUACAAUAGCCACCCACUGCUCGUAAAAGUUAAAGCUCAGACAAUAGACAGAGCCAAAUAUAUAAUGAAGCGCCUAACUAAGGAAAAUGUGAAACCUUCUGGAAGACAAAUUGGAAAGUUGAGCCACAGUAAUCCAACCAUUUUAUUCGAUUAUAUUUUAUCCCAGAUACAAAAAUACGAUAACUUAAUUACACCAGUAGUAGAUUCUUUGAAAUACCUCACUUCGUUGAACUAUGAUGUCCUGGCUUAUUGCAUUAUUGAAGCUCUGGCUAAUCCGGAGAAAGAGAGAAUGAAACAUGAUGACACAACUAUCUCAAGUUGGCUUCAAAGUUUAGCUAGUUUCUGUGGUGCAGUUUUUCGUAAAUAUCCAAUUGAGCUUGCCGGUCUUCUUCAGUACGUGGCAAAUCAGCUAAAAGCCGGGAAAAGCUUCGACCUGCUUAUUUUGAAGGAGGUGGUCCAAAAAAUGGCUGGGAUUGAGAUUACGGAAGAAAUGACAAUGGAGCAACUAGAAGCCAUGACUGGUGGGGAACAAUUAAAAGCGGAGGGUGGCUACUUUGGACAAAUUCGGAACACUAAGAAGUCCUCCCAGAGGUUAAAAGAUGCAUUACUGGAUCAUGACCUUGCCCUUCCUUUGUGCUUGCUUAUGGCUCAACAGAGGAAUGGGGUUAUCUUUCAGGAAGGAGGGGAGAAACACUUGAAGUUAGUGGGAAAGCUUUAUGACCAGUGUCAUGAUACUCUGGUGCAGUUUGGUGGAUUUUUAGCAUCCAAUCUCAGCACAGAAGAUUACAUAAAGCGAGUGCCUUCGAUUGAUGUGCUGUGUAAUGACUUCCAUACACCCCAUGAUGCUGCAUUUUUCCUGUCACGGCCUAUGUACGCACACCAUAUUUCAUCAAAAUAUGAUGAACUGAAAAAAGCUGAAAAGGGAAGCAAGCAGCAGCAUAAAGUUCAUAAAUACAUCACAUCAUGUGAGCUUGUGAUGGCUCCUGUCCACGAAGCGGUGAUCUCCUUGCACCUUCCUAAAGUUUGGGAUGACAUCAGUCCUCAGUUCUACGCUACGUUCUGGUCAUUAACAAUGUACGACCUUGCGGUGCCCCAUAAUAGUUAUGAAAGAGAGGUCAAUAAGCUCAAAAUCCAGAUGAAAGCUAUCGAUGACAAUCAGGAAAUGCCUCCAAAUAAAAAGAAAAAAGAGAAGGAGCGUUGUACUGCCCUUCAGGACAAGCUUCUUGAAGAAGAAAAGAAACAAAUGGAGCACGUACAAAGGGUUUUACAGAGAUUAAAACUGGAAAAGGAUAACUGGCUUCUAGCAAAGUCUACAAAAAAUGAGACCAUCACAAAAUUUCUACAGUUGUGUAUAUUUCCUCGUUGCAUUUUUUCAGCAAUUGAUGCUGUUUACUGUGCUCGUUUUGUAGAAUUGGUGCAUCAACAGAAAACCCCUAACUUUUCCACCCUUCUGUGUUAUGAUCGAGUUUUCUCUGAUAUAAUUUACACAGUUGCAAGCUGUACUGAAAAUGAAGCUAGUCGAUAUGGCAGGUUUUUGUGCUGUAUGUUAGAGACUGUCACUAGGUGGCAUAGUGAUAGGACGAUAUAUGAAAAGGAAUGUGGCAACUAUCCAGGUUUCUUAACCAUAUUACGAGCAACUGGAUUUGAUGGGGGAAACAAAGCUGAUCAAUUAGACUAUGAAAAUUUUCGACACGUUGUUCACAAGUGGCACUAUAAAUUAACCAAGGCAUCUGUACACUGCCUUGAAACUGGUGAAUACACCCACAUCAGAAAUAUCCUGAUAGUGCUGACCAAAAUCCUUCCUUGGUAUCCGAAAGUUUUGAAUCUGGGGCAGGCUUUGGAAAGAAGAGUACACAAAAUCUGCCAAGAAGAAAAGGAGAAGAGGCCUGAUUUAUAUGCAUUGGCUAUGGGCUACUCUGGGCAGUUGAAAAGUAGAAAGCCGUACAUGGUACCUGAAAAUGAGUUCCACCACAAAGACCCUCCUCCAAGGAAUGCGGUUGCUGCCACUGUUCAAAAUGGACCAGGUGGUGUUGGGCUGCCGGCAUCACUCACUAUAAAUGCAGCUAAACUGGAAGAAAGCACUGCUGAGGAGACCGAUAAAUUGAAGGAGAAAUCUCAGGGUGCUAUAAAAGUUGUUAAUAAAGCUGCCAGUGCAACCCCAAAAGUGACUACUAGCAAUGGAAACAGUGCUUCUAACAGCAAAGUUAUCAAAGAAAAUGACAAAGAAAAAAGUGGGAAAGAAAAAGAGAAAGAGAAAAAAGAAAAGACUCCAGCUGGCACUCCAGAGGCCAAGGCACUUGGUAAAGAUGGGAAAGAAAAACCAAAGGAAGAACGGGCAAACAAAGAUGAAAAAGCAAGAGACACCAAGGAAAAAACCCCAAAGUCUGACAAAGAGAAGGAAAAAAUAAAGAAGGACGAAAAAAGUUCUAAAGAUGAAAAAUCGAAGACCAUUGCUGCCAAUCCCGAAUCCAAAUCAGCUGUAGAAAAGGAGAAAGAGAAGGAGCCAUCCAGAGAAAGAGAUGUAACGAAGGAAACAAAAUCCAAGGAAAACAUUAAAGGAGGAGAAAAGAUAGCAGUUGCUGGGUCCUUGAAGUCACCUGUUCCCCGGUCAGAAGCGUCAGAGUCUGAAAGGGAACAAAAACGCCGCAAACUUGAUACCCACUCUUCUCCGUCACAUUCCUCAACAGUAAAGGACAACAAUCUCAGCGAACUCAAGGAGCCUUCAGCAAAGCACUACAUUAACCACACUACUCCAAUACUGUCCAAGAGUAAGGAGAGAGAAGUGGACAAGAAAGAUUUGGACAAGUCAAGGGAAAGAUCCAGAGAAAGAGAAAAGAAAGAUGAAAAGGACAGGAAAGAACGGAAAAGGGAUCAUUCAAACAGUGACCGUGAGGUACCACAGGACUCUACAAAGAGGCGUAAAGAGGAAAACGGAACAACUGGUGCUUCCAAACACAGUAAAAGUGAAAGUCCUUCCGAUUCCCCUCGUUCAAAUGAGAAGGAAAAGGAUAAAAAUAAGUCAAAGUCUUCGGGCAAAGAGAAAAGCGAUUCAAUCAAAACAGAAAAGAUGGAGAAAAGUUCUUCUGGUAGCAAAAAGGAAUCGAGGCAUGAUAAAGAAAAAACAGAGAAAAAGGAGAAACGGGACAGUGCUGGAGGGAAGGAAGAAAAGAAACAUCAUAAGUCUUCAGACAAGCAUAGAUAAUGAUGACUUUCAAGGUGAGGUUGAAAUGGAAAGAUAUUCAGCUGUGACCAGAAAUGUAUUUUCCUGAGUAGAUUGCACAGAGAUUUGUGAAUGAAGAGGACCCAUCUGCAUCUCCUUAAAUUAUUCAGUUCUCUGCUUUAUUUUCCCCAUGCUGAAAACUUGUUGAGUUGUGCAUUACUGUAUUUUAACUUGUUGCUUAGUUUCUUACACAUUUAUUUUCAGUACAUGGCUGAAAGUGUUACCUAUUCCAUAUUUUUGAGCACAAUGUGCUGCAAACAAACAGUUGCCAUAGAGCAAAUGAGGAGGUUACAUGUGUACAGAGUUCCACUUUAGGUUAUCUAAAUACUGCCUGGGUUUAGUAAUUCUUUUGACCUGAAAUGCAUUCUUUUUAAAUGUUCAAAACCACAAAUAAACAGUUAUUGAACCAUUUUGAAUUUACCUCAUUUAAAGUCAGUUUUUAUUUAUUACUUGGCCUGUUUUUAAUAUCAGUGACUAAAAAUCAAGUGGGAGCACUGUUUCAUGCAAUGCUUAGGAAUUAUUUGUAUAUUAUGUGUCCAACAUUCAGAUCUGUUUUAAAAAUGAGAAAGUCCCUGCACUCGACUGUCCCUUGCCACAUCUUAUUGUUUUGUCAUGAUGUUUUUAGAAGAACUGGGAAAAAAAAACUCCUCAAACUGAAAUUAAUUAGGUUUCAAUUCUACAGCUACAGGAGCUUUGUAUCGCUGAACUUUAGUCUGAGAAGUUUCACAAUGACAUUUUUAAAAAGAAAAAUUUUUUUAUCUGCUGAUUCUACCAGUGUAACCUUUUUUCUAAAUAAACAAUAGUUUUCUCAAUGGGUCGUAAA